GAAACAAGCCCCAGCAAGGAAGCGCCUGCUGAGCAUGUUUCUUUCCCAUUUUUUUUGUCGUGGGACUUAGUCAUCCGAUUUUAAAGAUUGUGCCGUUGACCGUUUUCGAAGGAUACCAUCGCUCGUAUCAGUGCCACCAGUUAAAUGCAGAAAUCGUUAUCCGAUUUACUGUGGAUUUUUGCUUCCGGUGACAUUUUUGUUGCGGGAGCCAAGCGAUCAAGGACGAGCGAAGUGCGAAUUGAUGAACAAAGUGGAAGGAUACGAUUGAAUAUUAUUCAUUAGAAAUUAACGACAAACAAGCAAAUAUGACUUAACAAUACAAUUGCUCUUAAAUGUUGACAAGCAAGCAAGUGGUGACAAGAACGUGCAAGUAAUUGUGAUAAAGUGCGAUAAAAAAGUGCUGCUGCUGACCAAGUGUGUGAAAAGGCAAGUGACGCAAGAGAAUCCAAACACCCCGUGAGGCAAGAAAGUGAGAUCCGCAGCGGAAGAAGGAAUUUUUUGUACCACGCAACAUCACGCAACGUAUCUCCAUUCGGAAUAACGGGAAGGAACAGGAAACAGAAAUCUUAACACACAUUCACACUCUUCCUAGCAGCAGAAAACAACACCCCAAUAGCAUCGUUGUCAAGGUGACGGGGCGACAGUUGACGAUUUUUUUACGCGCGUGCAGCUGUGGGCGUAUGUGAGUGUGUUUAUAUGUUACACGCGCGUGUGUAAGUGUAUGUGUUGUUGGUGCUCUGCUAUUGGUUUCCCUACUUGCAACAAACAAUUUUGUUGAAGCUGCACAAAUUCCUUUGUUGUGUGCUUCUGUGCGAGAGAGUGCGAAUGCUCCUCGGUGUGUGCGUGUGUCCUGCCUGUGUGUGUAUCCCGAGAGUGCACUUGAAGCGCGUGUGCGUAUUGAGCCGGAAGUGCAAUCGUGUUGAAAAAGUGCAAAAUAAAGUAACGAUUGCAACUGUAGAACGCACAGUGUCGGGCAUUUUGCGGGAUAGUUCUGUGACAAGUGAGAAAAUACGUUGAAAAGCAGCAGCAGUGAGCCCAAACCCGGUCAAGAAAGACUCCCGAUAGCAAAUCAGCUGUGGAUUGGUGAGGAGUGCGCGUAUCUGAUGAGUGUUGCAAAAUGGCUACUUCACCCACACCAUCCUUAGACUCACUACCGGGUGCUUCGAAUUCAAUUGGCUCGUUUGGCGAACCGGCAGAUUACUUGUCGGACUCUCCGCUAACUACACUGAGUGGUGGCUCCGGAACGACCGGAUCCUCCCCGCCGGCCAGUGAUUCCGCGAUCUGCGACGACUUUGCGACCUCGUCCAGCCUCGAAUCGGCCCAGUCGAACAACGGCUCGGCCGAGUCGCUGUUUCCUCGCUGCACCGGCUGCAAAAGCAAGCAAUCGGAUGCGGUAGCCAAAUGUAUGGACUGCGAUAACUUCCUGUGCGCCAACUGCGUCACUGCUCACCAAUUUAUGCACUGCUUCGACGGCCAUUCCGUGUACCGGAUUACGGGUGCGGGCAGCAGUGUUGCUGUCGGCGGCAACACGUUCGGUUCGAUUGGCUCGCUAACCGCGGGUACGAUGGCGGCCAACACGGUCACUACGACUGCUCCGACCACACCGACUCUGGGGGGUUUGCUGGGCGGUUGCCUGGAUGGGUCCGGGUUGCUCGGUGGUAGCAUCCUGGGCGUUGGAAAUGGUGGCGCUGGAAAGAUGCUACAGGUGGGAUGUUUCGAUACGGCCCAUCCGCGACUCAGCUCGCUCAAUCUGACUAUCAAGGACGAUGCCAGCAGUCUGGUGAAAUCAAUCAUGAACAACGUGAUAACACCUCCUACAUCGAACGGUACCGGUGCGCCAGGUAGUGGCAGCAAUGUGGGCAACGGCAACAACGGCAGCAGCAACAGUAGCAGCAGCAGCAGUAGCAGCAGCAGUAGCAGCAGUACCAGCAGCACCAGUGGUGGCAAUGGAAACAGCCUGCUGAAUCAGGUCAACAGUCAGCUUUCGGGCGUAAUGCAGCAGUCCACCGGGAUGGGCUCGGAUCUGUUGCUCUCGAACGGACUCGGUGGUGGAGGACUCGGAGGCCUGUUAGGCAACGGCAAUAUAGGAGGUGGCCUGGGAGGAGGGCUGCUGGGCGGAAACAACAAGCCCAACUAUUUCUGCAAACGGCAUCCAAGCGAACUGCUAAAGUUCUUCUGUCGCACCUGCAGCGUUCCGGUGUGCAAGGACUGCAUGUUGGACCAUCCGAACGGAUUGCACGAAUGCGAGCACAACAGCGACACGACGCCGAAACAGAUCGAGAGCCUGCUGCACACCGUGUCGGAAGUUCGCGCCAAAGCCCAGGAUUUACGCUCGCUGAUCAAGAACGUGGAGCAUAACAACCAACGUAUCCAGUUGCAGUACCACAAGGCCCAGAAUGAGAUCGAGGACACGCAUCAGUUCUACCGCUCGAUGGUGGACGAACGUAAGGCGGAGCUGCAGAAGGAGCUCGAAAGCUUCUUCAACGCGAAGACAGUCUCGCAGUCGGAGCUGCUGAAUCGCAGCCAGGAUCAUGUGGACAAGAUGCUUCAGAGCUGCGAAUUCGUCGAACGACUGACCAAGUGUGCUGGCCCAUCGGAAACGAUCAUGCUGCGCAAGUUUAUGGAGAACAAGCUGAUGCUCUUUCCAGCCAUCACGCAUGAUCUGCAGGCAUCGUACGAGCUGGAAUUCGUUUCCAACUACCAGGCGAUACAGAUUGGCGUCCGCAACACCUACGGCUACAUUCGUUCGAACGCGGACCUGAGCAGUGUCACAACAAAGCAACCGCCCAUCGCUCGCCCCACCUCCACCACCAACGGAGGUUCGCUCCUGGGUGGCGGCGGAAAUCGUAGCGUCAGUCCAUCAAACAGCAGCACUGGCAGCCUGAGCAUGAUGUCUCAUCAUCAUAUCCGGAAUGCUGACAGUAUUAUGAACGGCGGCAACGGUGGCCCUCAUUUGCUCGAUCAUCAUUCACACCAGCGUCAUCAGCAGCAGCAUCAGCAACAUCAGCAACAGCAUCAACAACGAUCUUUUGGCGGUUCGCUGGUAAAUGGCGGUGGACACGGUGUCAAUGGUGGAUUAUCAACGUCUCCACUAAGCGGGGCCAGCAUGGUUAACGGGCUGUCGUCGGCUUUCGACACCACGAACCUGAUCUCCAAACGGUUCAACAGCGCCAACAGUCUCGGUCCUUUCGUCGGUGAGCCAUCCAUCGGGCAGCCCAUUGGCAAUGCUUACGAGAAAUGGAGCAAUGGUGGAACGACCGAUUUGUUCAACAAUCUCGCUGAUCAGUACACGAUCCCACUGAACCCAAUUGGUGGUGGUGGAGGCGGUGGCGGCGGCGGUGGUGGCGGUGGAAAUGUGAACUCUGGUGCCGGUGGACAACAGGAUCCUUCCACAGCGAUGAUCGACCUGACGGCUAAGCUGAUGUCGAGUUCAAUGUUCCCGCCGAAGAGUCAGAUCAAGCGCCAAAAGAUGAUCUACCACUGUAAGUUUGGUGAGUUCGGUGUAAUGGAAGGCCAGUUUACGGAACCGAGCGGUGUGGCGGUAAACGCGCAGAACGACAUCAUCGUCGCAGACACGAACAACCACCGGAUACAGAUUUUCGACAAGGAGGGACGCUUCAAAUUCCAGUUUGGCGAGUGUGGCAAGCGGGAUGGGCAGCUGCUCUACCCGAACCGUGUGGCCGUUGUGCGUAAUUCCGGCGACAUCAUCGUGACCGAGCGUUCGCCGACGCACCAAAUCCAGAUCUACAACCAGUACGGUCAGUUUGUGCGCAAGUUCGGUGCCAAUAUCCUCCAGCAUCCGCGCGGUGUCACCGUGGACAGCAAGGGUCGCAUCGUGGUCGUCGAGUGCAAGGUGAUGCGUGUCAUCAUCUUUGACCAGUCCGGUAAUGUACUGCAGAAGUUCGGUUGCAGCAAGCAUCUCGAGUUCCCGAACGGGGUGGUCGUGAACGACAAGCAGGAGAUCUUCAUCAGCGACAAUCGAGCCCACUGCGUCAAGGUGUUCAACUACGAGGGUCAGUUCCUGCGGCAGAUCGGUGGCGAGGGCGUCACCAACUAUCCAAUUGGUGUGGGCAUUAAUGCCAGCGGCGAGAUCCUUAUCGCGGACAAUCACAACAACUUCAACCUGACCAUCUUCACGCAGGAUGGACAGCUGGUGUCGGCCAUGGAGAGCAAGGUGAAGCACGCACAGUGUUUCGAUGUGGCCCUCAUGGACGACGGUAGCGUGGUGCUGGCGAGCAAGGACUACCGGCUGUACAUCUACCGGUACGUGCAGGUGCCUCCGAUCGGCCUGUAAGCGUAUUCGCACGGCAAACUCGUAGCAGACAUCAUCUUCCACGACGGCCGCUUCCUAAAGAAAAGGCGUGCUGCAGCGCAUCCCAGAGGCAAUUUUGCCGCAACAAGUGAAGGGUGGUACACGACAAGAUGAAUGUAAAUGUAUGUCCCUAUGUGUUGUUUUGUACUGGGCGUAAGAAAAGUUUGAUGUUUAACAAACAAACACACCGACACACUCCGCACUCUACUGACGCGCCACCCUUACGGCGCUGCAUUGGCCUGGGCGGAAAACAUCUGCAGCUGCAGUGCGCUGUCUUCUUGCUGUAAUGAAAAUGGAAUGGAAAAUGUGUCGGUGAAUUGAGUGAAAGUGUAUUAGAACAGGCUGCAAUAGGAGAGAAGUUCCUGAAGAAGGUUUUACGUAAAAGUGGAGUGAACUGAAAAAAGUGUUUGAUAAAAUAAAAUCCGUCAGAGGAAAUGCGCCCAAUAAUGUUGUCUGCUCAGGAGGGCAUACAGUCAGUGUGGAUGAGAGAGCACAUCAAACUGCAAUUUUAACGUGUUUUACCGGUGAUUAGAGUUGUGCGACAAGCAAGCAAAAAAAAAAAGAAGAACUGGGAACCAUUCGCAUACAUGUAUAUAUGCUAAUUUAUAUGUAUGAAUGUAUGUGAGACAGUGUGCGCGUGUAUGUGUAUUUUGAAGCUAUCGAGUUCAACACUAUGCUCAGAAGGAUAUGCAUCGAACAAUCAGACUUGUACUGAAUCAAACAGAUCUCCAAAAACAAAACAGUCAACUGAAAAAGAAAAGAUUGUUUUAGAAAUCGUUAAACUUAAGAAUCUUUGUCAGAUGUAGAGAAGCAAGUUAGUUGGCGGUAAAAUGACGAGGUGCAAUUACAUGAUGAACGAUCGUUAAAGGACGAACGAGGAAAGGAAUACUAGCACACGGUCGAACGAGUGAAUGGUCAUCGUGCGCUUCCUAACUGCAAGAUUGUUGUUGACAUAUCGAAUUUAGCACAAAACUAGUGUGCCAGCUGUGCUGCUACUAUACUUCUACCAUACAAACCAUAGCACACCUAACACAUUCAGACAGAAAGCGAGACGCAUCAUGUUUGAGCAGACCGCAGCAGACCUGCAUGAUACCGCCGAAAUUCGAUUGCAAACAGCGUCUUUUGGAGUGUUGCAGAGGGAACACUCGUGCAACAAGGAUCUUCGUCCAGCGUCAUGUGCCCAGAACUGCUGACACGAUCGUGAUCAACAAAGCAAGCCGCUGCGAAUGUGCGUAGCGUUAUCCGUCAAGUAAGAUGUUUGUUUGACCUGUUGAUAAGAUCCCACCCAGGUUCGAAAGUAGUAGAUAAUGUGUUUUUUCUUUUAAAUUGCGCUGUACAUCUAAGUUUUUGUUUGUUUUUGUAGCUAUUUUUAUGUUUAUUCUACUAUUAUGUUAGCCGUGCGACAAACGAGCAACACAAAAAAACGAGUAAAACGAUUGGAGCGAUUGAAAGUGUACAGAAGUUUGCGUGUAGGUAAAACAAGGUUGCUGGUCUCUUUGCAACGACAUUACGAAAGUACGAACGACCGAAGAGAACUCUGCACACACGCAUCGUUGUGGGGUUUGUUUUUUGUUUUUAAACGCUGAAAACAUGACGAAAUUGUUCGUCCAUAACCGAGAUAUCGAAAUGUGAGACUGACUGCAUCAAAUUUGAGCUAGAUGCAACUUUGAUUGCAGUUUUACGGGAGGAAGUCGCAAGUAAGCUAUUUUAAAUUUGACUGAAUCGCUUUGCGUAGAAGACUAUUGUUGAAAUGUGUUAGUCCUUGCUUAAUAUUAUAAUGGUUAACUUUUAAUUUUACGUGUUCCGUAUACGUGUUCUUUUUUCCGUCUAAACAUUCGUAAUAUUAAUAUUCACUGCUCGAAAGAAUGUGCUAAGUCGUUUUGGCCAAGCGGACGCCGCCAGCUAGCUAACACGGGCAAUUCCCUCAUCAAUAAUGGUGCUGAAGCAGGAGACGCAACGGCAACAAGCUUUGCCCUGUUGUUUGCAUACACAACGGAUUAAAAUAUGCAUCUUUGGGCGCGCGAAUGAGCAUUGAUGGCAAAUUUUGUAACUACAACCAUGGCGCAAAAUUUAAUAGCAAAACGGUUGGAGAGCAAAAUUUACUUAAACAAAGACAACCAAUUACCAAAAUUACUUUUAGAAAUUAUUAAUCCAACAAAUCUCUAUUAGACCCCUUACACCAUGCUUCUUCCGAGAGGUUCAGCAACGUUUGUCAUCUAGGCCUAGCUCAAUAUAGGUGUGCUAUGACCAGUCGAGAACUCGGUCAAGUCGAGAUUUGAACCUAAAUCGUGCAUACUGUUGAAUCGUGUGUUUUGCACACUAACCGUUCGGCAUCCUGCACCAAACCGGUGUAAAUUAUUACUUUCCUUUUGUUAUAUGAACUACCUUAGGAAACAGGUUCGUUUGUUGAAUGAGACAUAAACAUGAAUGGUAAAAUUUUCAACAACUUUCGAUAACCAAACACAACCACGAUAAAACAAUCAGCGCCACGACUUGUUAACGGUGCUCUUCAAGGCGGUUUUUUUUCCAAAUUAACCUCAGCAAUGAUGAAGUUCGGUCGAACGGUACUGCAAUUCAAGUCAUUUGCUCAUUCGCACACCGCGGGACGAAUCACAACUAAACGAAUUGGUUGCUUAAAUAUACUAGAACAAAAACAAAAACAAAUGGUAAACUAGCUGAAAACGGUGGAUCAACAUAAAAUUCUUAACUGAACGUUAGUAGGUAUAUUUAAAAUGAAAUAUUUAGAUAAAUUGUUAAAUCAGUGUUUCCUUUUAAGAACCUUAAAAAACAACAAGCAAUCAAUGAAACGCUGACACGAAGAAUCAAGGCACAAAAUCGUCAUCCCAAACGGUUUCUUGGUUAUCUUUUCCUAACUGCAUGAACGAACUGUUCAUUUCCGGCAGUCGGACGGAUCCGCUGCUGCUCGCCAGGAUACUUUCGUAGAUGGUUAAACACAGCACAGUGUUCAAAGAAUUACGCCGCGAAAACGUGCAUAAUCCUACCUUGUUUGUAGUGUUCAUACUAUUAGCUGUAUGUGUUGCAUUGUUUUAUCCCAUUCUAAGUCUAUUAUUUAUGAUGUUUGCUCUCAUAGCUCUCUCUUUUUUAUUAUUUUGAUCCCAUCCGAGUGCGUUUUGCUCCCGAUGAGAUGUGCGUGCUCUCUGUAAAUAGUGACCCAUAUCCGCAUGACGCAACUUUCGUUUUAAAAAUUCGGCCUCCUUCCGUUCAUUACCAAAUGCACAAAUGUACAUACGGUAGACUGAUUGUAGAUUCAGUGUGCGUGUAUUUUUUCUUCUUAUUGAACUGGGAUCGCUGCAAGCAAAUUAAAACUCAAUAAUAACCCCAUAAAUCGAGUCAAGGCUUACAACGAACAAUUCUUGUCAACUCGCGAUGACGGAAGGCUCUAGCAGCAUUAAACACUUGAAGUAAAACAAUAGUACACAAUAGUCCCAAGCCAGACAGUAGUGGUCGGAUAAAAUGUGAUGAUGGAGAUAGACUCUAGCAAAUGUGUUGGAUGUGUUUGUUUUUGUACGAAAAUCUAUCGCCAUACGUGGAGAUGAUCCAUGGCUCAAAACUGAAAUUCGACCACUCCUCAUAUACAGUGCAGUAUUAAGAUAUGUUUUAUCUUGUCGUUUCAUGAGUUUUUGUGUAUUCAAUUUUCUGUUGUUUUUUUUUGUGUAUUAGAACAAAGAAUAGGACCACUUACGCUUGUCGAUGAUCGUUUGUUACAUUAUUUUUAAAAUCCUUUUUUCGUGUGCUUAAAGUAAGAGUUCAGUAUUUUUAUACACAUUACACAUCUAGUUAUUUAGCGUAAGAUGUUCUACAUCCAAUUUCCCAGGUCGUGUUUUACUAUUUUUAAUAUUAUACUUAUUAAACAUAAGUUUUUGUCCGCUCAGGUGUGAGCACAAAGCUGUUUUGUAAUUUGUCUCUCUCGCUCUAUCUGUCUCUCACUCACUCUGAAGUAGAGCCGUAGAGUAUUGGUCCUAGUGUAACUUAGCAUUUCAAUUGUAUUAUUUUUUUAGUGAACCAGACGUCUACUUAUUGCAUUUAAAACGGGAUGGCAGCCGGAUGCACAUGCAUCGGAGCCGGAUCCAUGUUUUUAAGCUAUAGUAUUAGUUAUAUUAUAUUACCGAAGUUUGUUGGUUAUGUUGAUCUUUGUGUUGUUAAAUUAUAAUGCUUAAGUUUUUGAGUUUGAUGAGUUUGCUUAAUUAAAUGGGAAGUGUCGACAGGGGAGGGGGGAGUACAUAACAUUGACAAGCAGUUACGAACAUCCCAGGCUCGAUUGUAGUAUGCAACAUCAGCAUUGCGAACAGCAAUAGAUCACGCUUGCCAGAUAAAUAUUUAAGGCCCAUCAGCCGAAAAAAAAUGCUUGUACGUGAAAGGCGCUCCAAAGCCAUCAAAACAGCCCCAAGUCCGUUUGUGCCGUGAAGGAUCUAAUACUGCUCUACUAGAACUAUUCAAUCCCUGCACACCGAAGGUGCAAUCGACUGAAGAUGUUGAUAAGGAACGAUAAAAGCACUACAGUUUUCACAAUUACAACAGAAACGCAAAACGUGGUGGCGUAAUCCAGAAAGUUAUAGAAAGAAACCACAAAAAUGCGAUUCUUUCGAACUUGUUUCGUUGUUUCGUCCACUACUCGCAUCUCGCAAUGACGUUCUUCAUAUUACACCUAGAUCGGAAAAGCGAAAAGCUACUGUUAGGCGGUUAUAAUGAUUAUUAUUAUUUUUUUAAGAAUAUCUUUUUUUGAUGAUUUAUAAAGAUAAUUUAAAAAGUAAAUAAAAGUGUUGUUUAGUCAAAUUUCGUCUUUGGUUUGUUUUAUUUAAUUUUUUGUCUUGCUCUUCAAACAUCUCACUAACACACCUUCGAAACGUUUCACUAACCUUAAUUCACUAACUCAUCCUCAAAAACUAAUCCUUACUAAUCUUUCGUUGCGACGCACACGAAACUUACGUUAUUGUUUCAACUAUCACUAUUUAAAGUUUGUCACAUAAAGAUCGAUACCUUACCAACGACUAUUACUAUUCUUUUCUUCUUGCUUCGUAGUGGAAGCCUUUUUGUAGUUGUUUUAUUUAUAUUAGUUGAGUGCAUGUUUGUUAGACGUAGUUUCUAGUUAAACCUCAGAAUGGGUUGAAGCAAUGUAACAUUAACUAAUAUUACUAAACCAUCAACAACUAACUAGUACCGUGCUAUGCAUAUGGAAAAGAUGACAUUAGAAACCACUAAACCCGUUGUUGUUUGUGAGGGUGUUUCCGUAAUUGGGAAACUAAAUGGAAAAGUCCGCAAAAUGGCGAUCGUCGGCAGUAAUGAUGCAGCGACGCAGUGAACUUUCAAGAGCUACAUUACAUAGUAUUACUAUAUUCUUUGUGGUCAUAUUUAUUCUACCAUAAUUGUAUUGCGCUGUGCUUGCUCUUGUCCAUGUUUAUAAAGGAAAACAAAGGUGAAACAAUAAUUUGGUCUAUUAUGCUAUUUUUGCUGAACGUUUAGAAUGAAUUCUCUCUUAUUAUCUCCUAGAGACAUGAUCGUACUAUAAAACAUAUAGAAGCAAAUGCUUUCGCGCUACUAGAGUAUGGUUCUAACAUAAUUUACGCAGAAACGGUAAUUUAAACGCAGAAAAAAAGACAUUAAAAAAGAAAAACCAAGGGAUGCAAAUACUCUACUAAAAGACUGUCAUUCUUUGUAUGUUUGAAGAAUUUAGCAAUUAGAAGGUACAAGUUACGAGAACUUACUUAUUUUUGGGUGGGAUAACACGGAACACUUGUUCUACGCGAAAUGGUGGAUCAACACGUCUGCAAGAUCGGAAAGCUGUUCCAAGAUGUAAUAUUUUGGAAGCAUAUACACUUAAUAACAUAGAAGAACAAAAAAAAAACCUUAGCACAUACACACACGCACUUACACCACCCCCCCUAGUCAAACAAAUGCAUGUAUGGCUAUUAAUGACGAUAUGUGGGUGAAGUCGUGUUUGUCCCUCUUACCGAGUGAAAAACAAACAAAACCAAACGCAAAAACAUGCUCGCCGAAAAUCUCUUUACCACCAUCCAAAUGCGAUUUCAAUGCGCACAUCAAAUACACACGUGCAAUUGAAUUUACGCAAAACACGCACAUGGUCCCAGUUGCGUUUUGUUGAGGUAAAGAAAAGAUAAGGGAAUUAUUACGAAUACGUUUCGAGGACAGAAAGAGAGGGAGAGUGAGAGAGGGUGCACGGAAUAGAAUGAUAAGAGUAUUGAUCGUGCUACCUAUUACAGCUCGUUGUAAAGUGUAUAAUCUACGGAAAAGCGGGAGGAAAAGGAAACAGUGAAACGUUUGGUAUGAUCAAAAAUGGACUGAAAGGGAACGAGCAUAUUUCAGUUACUUGCGGAGAAUCACACACACACACAUCCUGCCCAACCACCCAGGGCACGAUGGUGCAGCGAUGGGUUUCUGAUGCAUGCAAACACCUGCAGUAAUUCAGCACUAACUUGAGCUCGUACGGAACAGCGCGCAAAAAACUUUCGAAAACGUUUUACGUCCUUCGUCGGGGAACAACAGCAUUAAACUAUGUAACACAAAACAAACACAUUCUACAGUCUGAUAAGGUAGGAAGGCGCCAGUAUAGGGUUCAUAGCCUCUCACUACUACUGGGCACACUGGGAGUGUUGCGACCAACAAUUGUCGCCACCAUGAAGAGGCGGCGGGGCACAUGAAAGCGAGAAAUUAUUUGCAAAUAUGAAGAAAGAAAAAACAAGAAACUGUACGUUUAGAAAGCUAAAAAUGCCAAAUAUCUGUAACUGUGUAACAUUUCUAGUAGUACACCGAGGAAGUUUAAGGAGAAGGAAAAGGGAAGAGGAAACAGCAAACCCAAACUAAACAUAAUCACAAUCAUAACAAUUUUCUCGUUUUUUGGAUGAACGGUAUUACGAAUAAUAUUAUUAUUAUUAUGAUUAUUACCAUUAUUCCUAUUGCUAUUAUAAUUGUACUUAUUGAUUGAUAAUGAAUAUUAUUGACCGGAUGUGUGGGCCGGAGGUGGGGCCCGGCUGGGAGCGAAGGUAACAGCACAGGUUUGUUCGUCUUUUUUACGAAAAAAAAUAGAAAACCCAUGACACGACACUGCGUGCGAGAAAGGGGUAGCGUUACUGUUAAAAAACCCAACGUAAACCGAUGACACCUUGCAGCGAAGUUAAGCAAAAAAGAAAAAUAUUACUACUACUUUAGCAAACAGUAACAAUGUAGAACCAAACGAAAAACUACAUUAGGCAACAGCAGCUAGAGCACAACUAGGAGUGGGCUGCUUGUUUGAUAACACGUUUACUUAGGAAUAUUCAUCCCCCCCCCCCCGCCCAUCUCCCCCGUGAUUGCCUACUUUUACUCGUCAGGAAAUGGCGCCUAGGGACGAAGCCUAGGGGCAAAGUCGUCGGCGAAACGGGGAUAGUUUGUUUCAGAAUGUAAAACAUUAACCAAUCUAGUCUUAUCGCCAUCCAUAAGAAUAUCGCCAAUAUGGUUUAAGGUAGUAGUUGUCAUUAUCAUUAUCAUAACCACCCUUGUCAUCUUCAUCAUGUCAUUCAUCAUCAUCAUCAUCAUCAUCAUGAUGUUCUCGAUGUCCAUCGAUUCAUGCCACCAAUAAAAUCACACAUUGUCGACAUUUAGCAUCGUGUCUGCUCGCAUCAUCAUUGUUAGGCUCAUCAUCAUCACCCCAAAACCCACCAUCCGAUCGAAUGUUUUGUUCCUCCCGCUGCAUGCGCAGCGAGCAGGAACACAGUUUCACGAACCUCUCAUAUGUAUCGCCCUCACCCUCAUCACCGCAGCGAAAUUUCUGACCACCUUAACGUUGCACUUGUUUUGUUUUUUUAAUGAAAUAAUUGUUACGGAAGUUAGCGGCUUCCACUGGCCGAUGCCAACGGAGCAAACAUGGAUGCUGUAACCAAAGACUUUCCUGUUAAAGUUGCAUUAGGGAGGGAGACACUCGGUGCGUCUUCAGCCGGUGGUUAAAGGAACGCAUUGAAUCGUUUGGUAGUAAGCAAAAACGAAAAAUUGUUGAUGUAGUUAGGUUUCUUUCGAAUAAUUCUUAAGACGCUGUUUGGAUGUUGAAUUAUUGCACCACCCCUUGGCCCUUGUCUUUCUCUGGUGCUUUGAUUUACCAUUCUAGACCACAGAAAGCAGAAGCAGAAGACAUAAACUCCUGCAUUACAGACGCUUGUGUUAUGCAUUAAGUUUCGUGUUCCCUUUCGUUUCAAGAACAUUUUGAACCACCAUGUUAUCACGAAAAAUGCUUUGACGAUGAUUUCACUCGUUGAUCGGCCAGCUGGUGCGAAAGGUGUAAAAGAGAUAUUGGACAUUGCUAUUAAGGAUUAAUUUUGUGAAACGUCUCCAUCCAGCCGCCACAAGAAAUGUAAUGUUAUACGCUUGACACGAGUCUAUCUUUGGACCCAGAUAAAGAACGUUAGCAUAUUUUGUUGCUGCUAUCACACCUACCUAUUUGGGGGAUGAAAUAGGCACAGCUGGGAUUGUGGUUCGUUUUGUAAUCCGACCCAUGUAAAAUGUUUGUUCAGUAGUAGAGGUAGUGGCAACUGUUGGACCGCGUUGGAAUGCGAUAAGCACACGAAAACAAUCACAUUAUUAAAAAACCAUAAAACCAGCAGCAGUAUAUACAGUAUAUAACCUAAAUGGAACGACUUUUAUGUUAGCGAAAAGGCUGAACAAAUUUAAAAAUAUUCAAAUAAUACAUGUGCAAACAAUACAAGCCGAAUGCCGUUCGUUGAUAGAUCGAUUUUGGUGCGGUGUUUUAGUUUACAAACUCUGGUCUUUGGUCUCUUAUUGGAUGUGCUGAGAUGGUUGAAGCGGAGGAGGAGAAAAAAACGAAAAAUCUGGGAGAAAACUACUCAACAAGGCACAAGUAAUAACUGUUCCUAGGUGCGUGCGGUGGCAAGCCUAUUGGUGGCGGGAUGAGUGAGCAAGGAGCGGUGAAGAAAGAGGGAAACAUUAUAUUAAAGAAGCAUACAACAUAUAUAACAUUAUAUUAUAUAUACAACAUACAUAUAUUUUUGUAUUCAAGAUUUCAAGCAAACAAAAGAAAAACGUGGAACGAAAAACAUUUGUAGGAGGCAAAGCUUAAACCUCUCAUCUCUGUCGGUAUGUGAAUGUAAGGCCAAACAGAAUUUCCCAAAAACCCAAAGCAACAGGAAAAAACAGCCGAGAUAACCAUAAUAAUGAACAUUAAAAGAUAAAACCAGAACUCGCAAAGUUUUUUUUACAUCGUAGUUUAUGCUUGUGUGUAUUAAAGCAAGACAGGACAUGAACAAGGGUGGCUAGAAUCAAGAACGAUGUCUGAAUGAUAAUUUUUAUUGGUUAUACAAUCAUUUGUAUCGUUUAAUGUGUGUAUCAAGGAAUCUGUUCUAGGGUAACCGGAAAUGUGCUUGAAACAAAGCCAUUAUCGGUGUGAAACUAUUGUAAAAGAAAAUCAGUGUAGAAAGUUCUAUUGAAUGCGAAAGCAACCGGUAGCUAAACUCCACGAUUCCACAGCAAGCAGCCUGAUGGUUUCUCUACAUUCUCUUGGCGUGGUGAUACAUCGAUUGUGUCUUGGUCCACUUCAUUUUUGCGCCUCCUCAAAGCACCAGGUUUGAUUGUGUGUGUGUGUUUUUUUAAUAUAAUAUCAAUCAAAUCGAGACAUUGAUCGAGGGACAAACCAAAUAAAAUGAUAGCUCUGAUAACUUGUUUAGGAAAUUUAAACUACUUUACUAAGUGCUAAGCGAGAAUUCCACCAGUCAAACCAAACAUUAUACUCUCGACCGUGGGCCGAACGUACAAGUAAGAUAGCAAAGCAAGCAAACAAUCUAUCAUUCUAACAAGAACGUUAUGAAACUCACAUGCAGACACAAACACACACACAAUCACUGCACAGCACACGAACACGCAUUCUGAAUGAUAAACAUUGGGCAGUUUUGUUCGACCUAAUCAGCAAUAAUAUUGACAUCCCCUGAAGCGCGUACUCCAGUUUCGUGCCCUCGCCAUGCAAUGUGAGCUGCACUGCUGCAUCCUUUCGUGCAUGCAGGCACGCCUCAUCUGUGCGAUUAUUUAAGUGCAAUUUUUUUCUGCUAUGCUGCCCGGCCAAGCCACCCGCUCUCAGACAUGCGUGUGUGUGCGCGAGCGAGCUUUCGGUUUCAUCUAGCCAAGUUUCAUUGGCGGCGACGUCGUCGUGCUGGUAGACACGCAGCUGGCAGGGUCGGCCUGGUGGUGGUGGCCCAGACUUGCUCUCGUAAACAUUAUGUAAUGGCGAAUUGCAUGAGUCUCAGUGCCAGCAUAAGAGACCCCCGACGACCCAGACGAAAGAAAGCGCACACAUUUCUUCGAUAUAUGUGUCAUGAUAUCACUUUCCUCUUUCUCAAACUUUUCUCGUCUCGUCUUUCUCCCGAUUUCCGUGUUUUCUGAUGAAGAGGGAGAAGCAGCAGCAGCAACAGCAGGGGGAAAGAAAACAGUGUUAAGGGGUUUCCUGGCCAGCGUCGUACCACCACUCCAUAUCCCUGGCAGUAACUCUUUCGUGGCUUGGAAUGAUAAGUUCAUAGUACAAGCAUGAUGAAUCCAUACCAAUCGUUUAUCGCCUGACCAUCGUAUUUGGAUCGCGACGGUUGACUAGGUUGACAUUCGGUGACAAAUAAAUAGAACACUGUUUGCAUUGGUGGCACCUUCCGAUAGCUAUCCCAGGCACCUCAAUGGAGGACAUCAUUUGGCGAUUGUACAAAUUCGUCCGUCCGGCACAGUUUUCGCUUAUCAAUCCUCACGAAGUAGCCACCAAUGUUGCCACCACCGGCUGAAGCGUUCUUGUAUUUUCUCUUUGAUAACUUUUUUCGCUUUCUUUCCACCACCACUCUGUUUUGUGCUGGUGGUGCCUCGUUGAUGCCCGAAGCAGAACGCAAAACUCUUUUCCGCCUCAUCAUCAUCAUCUUUAUGUUUGCGACCGCAAGGGGGAAAAAAGCUAUUGGUGCCAGACCUCGGCGAUGCGAGUUGGGGCGUUGCGGCAUCUGCAACAAGUUAAACUGCUUCUCGUUUCCCUCUCAAUAUCUUAACCCAACGCCCACGGUCAGCUCAUCAUCGUCAUGUCUCAGGAAGAGGGGGAAUGGGGGAAAACGGCCUAAGGGGGGGGAUCUAUUCUGUCUGCGAAAGGGGCUACUUUUUUCUCAUUUCAUCAUUCCUGUUUUCUUCACGUAACUCUGGUGCGUCUCACCGAUGUUGACCACUUUUCACUUUCUUCCCGAUUGCUUUCUUCGCGUUCUCUCUCUCCUUAGACAAGGUUGUUUACUUUAGGUUUUUUUUAUUCAAUUUUUCCUACCCAUUUCGUUCUGUUCUUCUACCUACCACGUUUAUUGGUAGUUUUUGUGUUGAGCUUUUCAAGACACGAUUGAGUCGUUGUACCACCAUCGUUGCUGGGCCACGAGACACUCACGGCCAAGCGCAGCUUAAUGGUUAAUUCUUUGUAUCUUGGAAAUUUGAGACCUCCCCAACCCCUUCCCCUGCUUAGGAUGUUCCAGUUCCAGAAUGGGUGAGAACCCUCAUAAAACAGCAUCAAAAUACAUCUCCUCGUCCAAAACGGCGUUUCCAUUGACUGUUGGUUGGUCCAACAAAUCACAAUUUUCAGUUACUGGGACUGCAAAUGACGUCUUCAAAACUUAUUUUAGCAAAGAGCGCCCGAAGUCGGACCUCGCCCACCGAUCCGCCGAUACCACCGCAAGCGGUUGCAGCACCACAGAGCUGUGCAAAAUUUCCGCAUCAGCAAAAGGGCGUAGUGUUGUGUCGCCGGUUGGCCUUCUUGGCCUUUUUCCGCCUGUCCAUUCUUAUGGGUCGUUCGAGCAGUGUGCUUUGCCAUACUAGUUACGCCUUGCUGGACAGUGGUGCUCCCGAGCGAAGGUGUACGGGGGUAACAUUAGACGCCUUUUACGUGCAUUCCCCCAAUUACCAGUACCGUGUCUCCCAGCGAACGCACGGCACGGCCAUUUGUUGAUGAAACCGAAAUCUCUGUUACCAGGCGUGUGAGGCGCGAAUCUUGCUGCUUUUUUUUGUCUUCUUUCUCUUCGAUGUUGUGGCCAUUUUUUGUAUGUCCAGUAGUGCUUCGGCGAAAGAAACAAACGAAAAAAACCCUCGCACAUAUUACGUACCAGUUGCCAAACAGCAAAUCAGGGGGCUACGUGUGACUGUCGUCCAUUUGGAUUAUUAUUUGCACACGAGACACCUCGUUCUCGUGCAUUACCACAACCUCACGUCCGCCAUGUGUGCCAUGGUGGUAUGGGGGCGCCCAAAGCUCUGUUGUGUGAAGUCGAACAUGCGAGCAGCAGUACUGCGUGCUGGCAUUUGGGAUAUAAAUUUAAAGGAAAGGGCAACACAAAUAAAUAAACCAAAUCGUGUUUCACGCAGAGUUGCAUUGGCAUUGCAUCGAGUAAGAGCGACCGCAGGGCCAUAUGGACUGGUCUUUUGCUUUUGCUUCGCCAACUUUAGAGUUUUUAACCAAACCCAUCGGACACCGCUUUUUGUGACAAAAGUGUUAUGGUAGAAUGAUUCCUUAACAGGGCCUAAGUGUGAAUGAAAUGUGAUCAAUAUUGCUGAUGAAAGUGCAGCAUAGCGUUAGCAUAAAUAUGUUGACCAAACCCGUCCCUGAAAAGUUUUCAUUGAUAGAGAGAGAGCGAGAGAGAACAAACAACAAAGACGUACAUGAGGGCGAUCAGCUGUGAUACGAUUCAGGUUUGGACCAAAGUUGGGAACUUGGCUGGAAGUUCGAAGUAAACCGGUUUUUGAUGGUGAAACAUGUUCAUAAAAUGUCUUGCCGAUGCGCGUGUGUUUGUCUGUAUGCGUUUCCGGCAGCCGUGAGAAGAUCUUCACGGUUAUUUUAUGAUCCUUGUUCUAGAAAUAGCCAGAAUAACGAAAUGAAAGCUGGAAUCUUUAAUUCUCUCUAAUCGGUAAACCUCAACAUUUGAAUGCCUCUUCACCAAAACACGCGUUUGCCAAACUUAUCGGGCGAAUCCUCGUGCCCCCAAAUGGUGUCCCCCCAAAGCCUAAACUAUGUCAACAGGUACGUUACGUGAACUUGAACUACCAAUCGUAACUUCGCUGCUGCAACAGGCCGCGUGCUCGCCAGCCCAUUUUGCACGCGCACACCCCAACCGUGCGUCACGAUACUUCCGCUUCGCGUGGUUUUUUCGCGCGCUUUUGUGCGUAUUUUUUUAUUUCUCUGUUCCUCAACUUGAACGCUGUGUCACCGCACCGCAGCACGCCGCUGUGUGUGCGUGUGUUUAGAGCGCGCUAAUGCGGCACGCGGUUUCUCGUGUUGCUGCUCCAUUCACGUUGGACCGUGUUUCGUCCGGCUCGUGUGAGAGUGUGACUGGCCGCAUGUUGCGGGACCAUAAACGGUAGUGGUGGUGUCGCCAUGUGUGGUACGGUCUCUCCAAUCGCGUUCAUGAUCCACGAUCAUCGUCCACUGCCCGUCAUCAUGGUCACCCGGUUUCUCGUAUGUUGUCACCUUGUUUGAGCACCCAUCUCGUCGAAAUGCGACUGACCGGAAUCGUCCCUGGCCGCCGUACGCCGAUUGCGCUUUGUUUUGAAUCCGCUACCGGGGUUCCAGCGGAACAGUUGAAGGCAACCUCCAAUUCUUGCUGUCACCGUUCAGGACGCGAUAUUUCGCGAUAUGGGGUUAUGGGACCUCGCGCAGAACACGCACAGAGUGUCAUGCAUCCAGUCUCGCCCUGGCAAACGUUCACCCCGCCGAUCUUAAUUGCACACAUACACACACGCACACACAGCUCACUGCAGGGGGAAUCAUUCACCUUCGAUUGGUGCGCGCGUGUCGCUGACCUGCAUCAAGUCUGAGGACUGUCGUCCCCUGUGUACGUAGAGAGCACAGCUAUAUGUGCACCCUUUUCUCUCGCGCAUCCGUCACCGGCGCUGAAUGGAUGGAGCCGCGUGCGCGAAGUUCAUUCUGUGGUUCUGGUUGCUGGUCGUGCCGUGCGGGGGGUUGUUUGGUGGUGAUUCUUCGUGAUUUUAUUUCUACCCCAUGUUCUGCUCGUCUCGAUGCGGAAGAGUGAUCCCAGUACCGAGGGCUUCGGAUACCUGGUGGGAGUGAUCGCGGCCAAAGGGAACACGGGAAGUUCGCUUUAGUGUACACGUUUGGAAUGAUUUUCCCAUCGUCUAUCGGCCACCACCACGGCGGUGUGUAGGAGAGUGAGUGAUCGCGAGUGAUUCUCAGAUCGCCGUGGUGCUAUCUCGUUCUAUCUUUCUCUCGCCACGCGGUUUUGCUUCCACACACGCACACGACGCUGUACGGUCAAACCUGGAAUGGGGAGGCAGAAUGGACCAAAACCAGAAUAAUCCACCGCCCAGAGAUCAUCGCACUGUGUGAAAUCGAAAUGAAAGGAAGCAGCGUGCUUGAUCCUCGCACUCUUCCACGCGUGCUCGCGCUGGCCACCGCAUAUUUGUAACGAACCACCACACCACAAACACACACACGCUCGGUUGGCGGUUGAGUGUGAGUUAGUGGAAUUACAUGUUGCUAGGCUCCCCGCAGCAAACCCUCACCAGGCCGCUUUCCAUUCGUUCCAGCAACUUGAUUUGAUUCACCCUUCCUUUCUGAACGACUGCUCUUCGCAUAUUUCCUUUUUAUGUGGCUAACGACUUUACCAGCCCAUUUGGCCUGCGAGCGCUGCUCUUCCUGCUCGAUGCGUCUCGAGAACAUGCGCAUCAGAAGAAGAGGCCCGGCCCGGCACGGGUGUGUGUGUGUGCGUGUUGUUGUUGUGGGGCGAGAAUGAUCGAGUGUAAAUUUUGAUGGAAUACAUUCCUCACGGGUUGUUCUCGCUUCCCUUUCGCUUGCGCUUGCUUUCGCUCGCUCCUCCAUCUUGAGCACGAUCGUGACGAAAGAAAUGAACAUGGUGUUCUACGGUGUGUACCAAAUAGCCUACGGCUGGAAGCACAUAUCGAAUUUGGAAUCGCUGUGCGCUACACAAACACGGCAGUGAAUCGACUUUAAUGCUACACAGGAAGCGUCAUUAAAUCAUUGGAGGGAUGUAAACUGCUAGCAGAGUUUCGCUCGUUCGCAAUUCUCGAUCCACCGCUUGGCCUGAUGAAAGCAAGAACAGUUUCUCCUCAUUUGGAAAUCAAAUUUCGCUUUCGAUCAACCUUCGCAUCGCACGUAGUACUUCCUAACUUGCCAUGUGGGAGAUUAAACACCAAAAUUUAUCGCCGAACUGCUGGGACUGGAAACUGCUCGUAGAGGAACCCCCCGGAGGCAAGAAAUACAUAGAACUUGUUGUGCAUAAACGGGGACACGCAACACGCACACAAGAAAGCGAACACAAAAAAAAAAACAGUCUGGCUUGCACAGACAGUACAUGCCACAUGGGGGAUCGGAAUAUUUUCUAUUUUUGGCCAUAUCUCGGUGUUAAUGCUGCGCGACAUCAGAGCCAGAGCACUGGUACCGAAGGAGCAUGUACGCCACACGUCUGCUGCGGGGAUGGUUUUUGAUAAUAUUUUACUGCUUGUUGCUUGCGUGUCGCAAGGCAGACUCAAACAAUGUUUAGUUGUCGCCCGUCACACACAAGGGCCCGAACCGGGGUAAGCGCACGUUAACUAUGGAUACACAAUUGAUGGCAAUUUUACCAUCCAUGCUAUCAGAUAAGCAAAUGCAGAGUACACAAAACAGUUCUUCGCGCACUACAAACAUUGCACAAACAUUUUCAAAUCAAAACCAACACACUACAACAAAGCUAUACACUUUUAAAAGAAAUAAAUCAAACGAAACUCACAACACCAACCACCCCAUCAUCAUCGAUCGCGCACAACAUCUCGAUGAAUAAUAUGAAGUAAAAACAAAAAACAAAAAAAUACGAACCGUAUUUUCUCGUGUUGCUUUUACCAGAGGGGUGAACACCUUAGCGUAGUUGAAACACAUUUUGAAGAUAUUAAAACAAAAAAUUCUACCAAAACACAACACCAGUCAAACGGAGGACGGAGGGCGCCAAGCCGCACAAUUAAUUUAGGGAAGCUGGCGUGUCGCUAGAUGUGCCAGAAAACGCGAGGGAGCAAAAGCAAAGGGAAUGCAAAACCACUGAAAUAAAUCAACAUGUAAUUCCGAUGGUCAAUUAUAUUUACUCUAGUAACGUUUUAAACAAACCAUAAUCUGUGGAACGAUAUGUGCAGCGGCAGCGCGAUCGAGGGAGCAGAUCGAUUUCAAAGGAUAUUCGCUGGGCAUGGAUAGAAUUAAUCGGACCGGAUCACUAUUACUACUACGCGCCGUUGGUACGCAUUGUCGUCGUGUGUAUACAUACAUAUAAGCUCGAAUGGCCAUGUUCGUUGACAGGAUCUUGACUAGAAGAUUCUUCUUUUAAGGGAUAGCCUGUAAUGUCAAACCUUUAACUAGACAAAUCCGCAUCCGUUAUACACUAACUAGCUUCUCACAAUACGGUCGGUCGAUGAUGAAUGUGAACUACAUUGCUUAACAUACUGAGCUGUGGGGUUGCAUUAGCCAACCGACGCAGCUGUGAACACACGUUUCCUCUACACCGGAGAAACGCGACAACACCACAGGACACGGUCGAAACUAAAAGCCAAAAUGGUCACCGACCAUUCUCUCAAUCACGUACACUAGUUGGUGAACUUACAAGCUUACAAUUUUAAUCGAACUCCCCUCUGGCACAGGGGGAGCAGGAGGCAAACAUUCGGAACGGACUGUCACCGUUGGCACUUCUCUGCAUUCUAACAUAUACAAUCAAUCAAUAAUUCUGUGUAAAAUAGCAUUGUUAAAUUUUGAAAAUAAAAAUAAAAUCGAAAAAUAUAAGCUGGUAAACAUAAAAUACAUAUCUUGUGGAUCACUUGUUGAACAUUUACAUUCAUGUUGUUACUAAAAGAGGAGGACAGAAAAAAAAUCGAUGAAAACCAUGAGGAAGAAUUACCAAAAAAAAAGAAAAAGUAGUGCACAUACCAGUAGUAGAGAAGCGCAGUAGUGAAACGGUAACUGUUUUUGGUCUCCCGGUGCAAACCAAUUCUAAAACCGCAACGGUGGUGGUGGUGCGCUGAUCGGGAACGGUGGUGUGCUAGUGCGACGUGCAAAAUGUGGCAAAUAAGGACAAGAUGUUAUGCUUUUGUUUACAAAAUGGCGAGCUCGAUCAUCGAUUGUUGUUGUUUGAAAGUAAUGGUGAAAAAAUCCAGGGUACGGCUUAAUCGAGGUUCGAAUGAUUGCAGCGACAACUUUACCACCGAAGCUACGCAAAUAAUCCUUAAUGCGUCUUGUUUUGGGACAGACAUUUGGAACAUAGUUGGCAAAACAUGCGGUGUAGAUCUGCUGAUCGCCGUUCAGUGGUUCGGAUUGUUCGGGGGCAAAAGUGUUACGAUAUCAUUUUGCAUCACACUGUGUGUUAUGUUGGUGAACAUGGCGAAACGUUAAUCACGAGGAAAACCACAACCCACAGCACAAGGGAAUUCUUUCAAAACAGAGUAAACCACCUUUUGCAAAAAAACCAAAAUGGAAAACUUACCCCGCCAAUGAACGACUUAAUACACUCCAGGGAAAAGAGGUAGUAGUAUAUGUAGUGAACAACCCAGACCCAGAAGGAUAUAAAAAAGAUGAAACUCAAGCAUUAACAAAAAGCUAAUGUUAAGCACGAUGCAUUUCAAACGAUCCAUGUGACUUCCUUUUUCUAUUCUUCCAACAACAGUGGCGGUACAAUUAUUCUACCCAUAUGCUCCAGCUGUAGCCGUUGCAAACAGUUCAACAUUCGAAUUCACACAUAACGAAGGAAAUAAGGCACGAAAAGCAAACACAGGACAUGAUGAGCAUGAGGUAGACAUGCACAAACCCUUGAUAAACUAAUCGAAGUUGCAUUAAGCAUUUUAUAGCGCAUAUUGUGAGCAAACCACCAAUAGCGGUUAAACAAAACAACAUACUCUCACUAUCCACAGGGUGUCGGUUGGUUGGUGCGGUGCGGCAAUAACAGAAAAGCAUUCGGUCAGAAACAUCAUGCCGCGCAUGUUAUAUACUGUCAUUUAACGGAAAUUGGGUAUUUGAAUUGAUAUUGACUCUGAACGAAUUGUUAAAAAAAAUGUAUUUACCAUAAUAAUAUUAAACAUUAUUGACUAGAAUUUCUCGUCUGGGAACAAUUUUUUAAGCAAAAUGGCAGCAAAAUUAAGAACUUAAAAAGGAGGCUAAAGCUCGAGAGGAAUACGAAACGAAGUGAGUGACAAGCAGAAUGCGUGAAACCAUAAACUAACCCAACAUGUUAUCAUCAUCUAUUAUAGAGGAAACCGGGAGGGGAUGAGUUUUGUAACUUAAACUGCGCAUUGGCAUGUGGAAAACGAACCCCAAAGAUGGGUUGAAAGUGUUACUGCGGUAUUUAAAAUUGUUCCACUAUUUUAAAUACUCUUUCCUGUGCGGUGACACACACACACACAGACACACCCAGCAACCAAGUUAGGGAAUUUUGUAGGUCUUUCCAAACGUUGAUCGAUGUUUUAGAGAAAGUUAAACCCCGGUGGGUGAGAGUUAAAAAAAAACACCGAAAUAAUCCAAUUCGAUUUGCUUAUUGUGGCAGCUGAUAGUAGGGAAGUCGUCGCCAUCCAUUGUAGUAUCGCGCGUGUAAAGGACAAUGCGUCUGCACAUUUUUAAUUCUCGACUAUUUGACUCACGCAACAAAUGUAGAUACAAUUAUACACGGCUACCACCUUUUUAGACUCUUCUAGUGUAAGGUCACAACGUAGCAUCAAGCGCACAUUCUUCUAGCAAUUCCUUUUCUGGCCUCGAGUUUUGUGACGGGGGGAUGCGUGACGAUGCAAGUAAUGCCCGCGAUCAGACGAUUAUUUCCGUAGUCCACACGCCGUUUGAUCCGCUUGCUAAACUAUAAUUGAACCACAAUUUAUUCGCAGCAGAAUGUAACAUGUGUGCUUUUUCCUACUGCAUAUGCGCAAGCAUGCUGGUGAUUUGGUACGGUUUUGUUCGUGAUCGCAAUAUGCUAUUAUGAUUAACCAUGUGUCUUUUCGGUGCUGGUAAAGAUUAACAGUGCACUACUGUGGGUGCCGCCUGCCAAAGGAGCAAGUACAGCAUAUGAUAAAGUGUAGCAGCAGCAGCAGCAGCAGCAGCGGCGUACAGUGAACAGUCUCUUUUCGUAACUAUUCAUAAGUGUGUUGCAAAGAUAAGCAAAAAACAAAAACUGUCAAUUACUAAACACAAUGCUAGAAGACAUGUAUCGGUGUCCAACAGUGGUGUAGGGAAUUUAAAGUAGAUCCUAAUAUUUAACGUGCAGUAUACAUAUAUACACCAACACAGCAGCACACAUUAUCAAACCAUUCCAUAUAACCACACCCUGUGCAGGCCAUGUGACUGUACACCGAACGAACGAACGAACCCGAUGCCACAGGAUACAGGAGGAUAAGACUAUUUUUUAAACUGACAAGACCAAAUGCAAAAUGGCAACAAAAAAAGGCGGCAAAUCAUUUUUUUUUGUUGCCCCCCCUCCCCCAAAGAUCGCUUCCGAUCUUCAGCGGAUCAAUCAUCAAGCCUCGUUCAAAACGGGCUCUCGUUCUUGCAAAGAAUGUUUGUUUUCCUAAAAGAAUUUGUGUUACACUCCUGCACAUGUGUCGUCCUUUGUAUGUGUAUAGAAACGUUCGUUUUACACACUCAUAGUGACUCGCCAACGAGAGUGUUUCAGAAAACUUUACAACACCCGCAUCACACACACACACAAGCAUUACACGUUGCAGUGGACUAAACACUAAAUUGAAAAAAAAAAAAACAAUUGUUGAGCAAUUAUGAUGCGAUAAAUGAUGUGAUGUUUACAUGAAGAGAUGAAAGCAAAAAGUUCCCAAUGCGCCAUGUGAAAUUGAGACUCUACUCCCCUGGUCACAACUACUAUGUGCACUGUAUAAUCCUCUCUCUAUCCUGUUGGGGGACACAUUUUGUACGAAGCACUAAGGGAAGGUGUGUGAACACGCACACGCAUGACAAGUGGCAUGAUACGUAAACCGAUAUAAGGACAUAUAUGAUAGCUUGCAUUUUUACUGCGCUUACAAUUACGCUAUAGGUUGCUUGCCAGAUCCAUAAACACUACGCUCAUUCAUCUCUUACUCGCAGACGAUGAGGAAACACAAAAAGGACCAAAUCAAUUUUCUUAUCGGUUCCGACGCACACUCCGACUGUGCAGCGGGGCAGGGGUGGGGGUUGGAUUCUUUCAGAGUUUUGUUACCAGAAAAAAUGGAAGAAAAUGAAAAAGAAAAAAGAAGAAGACAAAAAAAAAAUAAAAAAUGAACAAAAUGGCACCAACAAUGACUUAAUGGAGGUGCCUAGUGUUGAAUUGAACUUACGUAGCGAAAGUACCCUGUUACCGUAGAAGGCAUCAAUUGAAACAGGAACAACCGGCCGCUCAAGUUGGUUAAAGGUUACAGGAUAAAGGUUGAAACAAAGAAAAAAAAAACGCACACAUUCAUACACACGAAACGCAAAACAUACACUUUGAUAGUGCAAUGGACAAAUACAGAUGGGAUGGAGAAGGGGAAGAAGCUUGCGCUGGAAUGUCGAGGAACGGUCCGUGGGAAUAACUCUUUCAAAUCAAGAAUAAUCAUCAACUGCAACAAUAAUAAGUAAACUAUAACGAUAAACUAAAUCAAUAAAGCAAACCAUCGUAUAAGAAAAUCAACACUGUUACUUGAUCUUUUUACACCGUCUCGGAACGUUUGAAGGUUUUUAGUGGUUAAAAGCUCUUAGUAAUCGUAGUGAGAGAGUGUGUGUGCGCGUGUGUGUGUGAGUAGAUGAUAAAUGUAAGCCAAACUUGAUCGCUAAUGUUAACGAACAAAAAUUAAAAAAAAAACAACAAGAAAUGGACAAGGAUGUUUGACAGUUUGUGAUGCGCAGGAUGAAGCAUAUGGCAGCUGGAUGAAGAUGAUGAAGAAGGAUGAUGAAUGAUGGCGAUGAAGAUUGGGCAGACGGGUGUGUAAGGCAUUACAUUCUAAACAAUAUGCAGUAGGAAAGGAAAGUAAAGGACGAAGGGUGGAAAGGAAGCAAGAGGCCAGAAACAAACACACGCAAAACUGAAAUUGUGCUGAACUAUGGGAAUCAAUUAUUAUAUCGCUGCGCUGCGCAAACUGUAAACCGGAUCGAAGGUUGUGGGUUGAGGAUCUCUGAAUAAAUCGGAGGCAAUUUGUGGACGGCACGCGUGAACUGCAAUGCAAUGCGUUAAGCAACUAUGUAAGAAUGGCAAUCGGAAGCAAACAGAAGAAGACGAAGCAAAAACCAAAAAAAAAACAUGUUACAAAUCUUUUUAUACUGUUGACUAUUUUCUGUGAGCUCUCGCGCAAUCGCUAUACAAUCAGCAGCAGGGAAAGGAAUAGAAGAAACAAAAAAAAAAAAAACAAACAAGAAAACGAACGUUGCACACAUGCAUCUGUGUGCAGGAUGGAUGAUUCGAAGGAUGAAAGUUACGCCAAAAACCAGCACGGACGCCAAUCGUGAUGAAACUUGCUGUCCAAAAGUAUUGCUCCAGGUGUUUGUGUGCGCGUAUGUGUGUUACUAAAUAUGUCCUUCCUUAUGAGUUUUGUGUUUUACACCGGUUGCGUAUGUUCUUACCGUACGAAAACUAGCUCUUGUUCUUAACAAAUUUAAAUCUCUUUGUUAAUCACACAAACCCGUCACACCGACUGGGCGAUGUGAUGUGCGUUUUUAACGUUAAAUGAUCAUUCAAUAUUUCAACAGCUGUUCAAUAUUGACAUGAUCGUAACACACAUUCCGAUUUGAUUUUUCAAUUUUUAAACUGUUUCUAAAUGCGUUACGUUUGUAAAUCUUCAAUCGGGACGAGCUUUUCUUGUUUUCAUGAACUCCCCCUUACUAUGAGUUAUUGUUUGUUGAAAGCCAAACCCAAAAUAAAUACCGAAAAGAUGUUCCCUUUUUUAGUUGAGAUACCCUGCACAAGCACUUCUUAAACGAAAGAUCAAAUCGAUCUGAACAAUGUUACUUUUCGUUCGAUUAUAACUAGAACAUAGUAUCCAAUGCGUUGAUUUCGUUUAGCAACUGGCAGCAAGAAAGGAAGAACAUUUCGUUAAAUUUCCAUCGCAAUGCUUUGCCCACUCCCCAGUGAGACAUAUUGGUACGGAAAUGGUUUCAAUCGUCCUUAGCUAGACUCCUAUCCUAUCUUUCGCUCUGAUAUAUGGUACUGGAAAGGAAACCAAUACUAACACAGAAUGAAAUCACAAUAAGACGAAUGGUUGUGUACUGCAAAAAAAAAGAAGAAAACAAAGAAAAA